AGAGAAGUCAAUCAAAAUUGCUUGUGUGAGAAUCCGUCAUCAUGAUUUCUCCUGUGUUAGCCCUGUUAGUGAGCUUUCUUUGCCAUUGUGUGAUUGCAGGACGGACUUGUCCCAGGCCACCGGAGAUACCAUUUUCCAUAGUUGUUCCAUUAAAAUUCAGCUAUGAGCCAGGGGAAACCAUUGUGUAUUCUUGCAAACCUGGCUAUGUGGCACAAACAGGAAUGAGAAGAUUUACAUGCCCUCUCACUGGAUUUUGGCCCAUCAACUCCCUGAAAUGUAAACCCAGAGUAUGUCCUUUUGCUGGAAUUUUACAAAAUGGAGCUGUGAGCUAUACAGCCUUUCAAUACCCUAAUUCUAUCAACUUUACUUGCAAUAAAGGGUUUUAUCUCAAUGGAACUGAUUCUGUUAAGUGCAUGGAAGAUGGAAAAUGGAGCCAUCCCUUACCUAACUGCUCUCCUAUAAUUUGUCCUCCACCAUCCAUACCUAAUUUUGCAACACUUAAACUGCUUAAGUCAUCAGUUGAAAACAGUUCCUCCUAUCAAGACACAGCAGUCUUUGACUGUUUGCCCCAUUAUGCAAUGUUUGGGAAUGACACGAUCAGAUGCACAGAACAUGGGAAUUGGACUGAACUACCAGAAUGCCGAGAGGUAAAAUGUCCUUUUCCAACAAGACCAGAUAAUGGAUUUGUAAACUAUCCUGCAAAUCAUGCUCUUUUUUAUAAGGACAAAGCCAUUUAUGGCUGCCAUGAAACAUAUGUUCUAGAUGGACCAGAAGAAGUAGAAUGUGGAAAAUUUGGAACAUGGUCUGCAUCGCCAACAUGUAAAGCAUCUUGUAAAAUUCCUGUGAAAAAAGCUACUGUGUUAUACAAAGGACAGAAGGUGACCAUCCAAGAUAAUCUUAAGAAUGGAAUUUUGCAUGGUGAAGUUAUUAGUUUCUUCUGUAAAAAUAAAGAAAGGAAAUGCAGUUACACUGAGGAUGCUCAGUGCCUAGAUGGAAAUAUUGAAAUUCCCAAGUGCUUCAAAGAACACAGUUCUUGGGCUUUUUGGAAAUCAGAUGCAGCAAGUAAACAACCAUGCUGAAGUUGUUUAUAAAUUCAAAAUGAAAUAUUUGUGUCUCUUAAAAUUAAAGAUGAAAGAAAACUAA